GGGUCACUCAACUGUGCGUAAAGAUCUAACAUCGCUAUAAUUGCAAGCGCGCUGCAGCUGAAUCCCCUUCUUGAUUCUGAAAGGGCGAAGAGCGAUACAAUGAUUCAACAGUGUACGUCGGAUGUUUUCCUCACGUUAUGCACAAGAUAUUAAGGAACUUUUUUCUCUCUGAUUUUUGACGAGUUGCGGACAUUUGGUAAUACAUUUCCUCUUGGUAAAUUUCCCCCCUUGUGGAUUUAACGGAUUUUGUCCUGUGGGCGCAAGCACCGAAGCACGUUCUGCCUUAAGUGAGAGAGCCUAAUCAGAGCGAGGGUAAUUGGACUUUGUGCAUUAUAGCCUACUACGGAGAAGCUCUCGACUCGGCUUGUCAGUGCACCGCUGACCGUAUUUUGGUAUUAAUGGAUUUAUAAAAGUACGUCCGAGAUUUCCAACUAUUUUCCGGCGAGUCAGCGGUUCCCCUACGGAUCCAUUUUGGGAGAAAUAGUAACGGGGCAAAUGAGGGUUACGGGACCCACCUCAGUCGUAAGGAACUAGAGAAGACUGGUACCUUAUCGAACUGUACAAAGGACUGGGGCAAAGACCACGGGGAAAAGUUUUGAGAGUGGGCAGCAGGUUGCAGUUGCCAAUGCCAGGGCUUAGCUUUUGAGGCUAAAGCCCCUCCUGGCCAUACCAUCCUUCCUCUCUCAUCCCCUCAACAGCAAGACACGCACUCUCGUCACCUUGGCAAGAUGGUGAAUGUCUAUGAAGUCUGCAUUCUCGUCGUCUGCCUGUCGGAUUCUGUCCUGGGACGAUCGGUCAUAUCGGAAGAGAUCAGGACAAAAGACCUCAGAGUGUCACGGCCGAUCCUUCAGCCAGGCUUUCCUGAGAAUGCCACCGUGUUCGUCGGAGGACAGGUAAAGCUCACGUGUAAAGUGCACCGGCAUGCCAACACACGCCUGCAGUGGUUCAAGAGGGACAGGAAUCGUCUGGAACCCGACGGAUCGCCUCUGCUUAAGGCCCUCACGCCACUUCUAGAAAACAUCUCUAAAGUCAGUAUUUUUCCUCUGACAAACAUCUCUUUGGAGGAUGCUGGGGAGUAUGUCUGCAUGGCGGAGAACUCAAUGGGACGGUCAAUGCAGUCGGCUUGGGUCAAAGUCUUAUCAGAGUCCCUCUCCUCUCGCUCAGCAGAGUCUCUCAUUGCACCAGAAACUCCAACAGAAGUUCCUUUGGACUUGAACGAGGAGACAACUGAGCACCUGCUCCUGGAGCCUGGUGACGUUCUAAAGCUGCGUUGUGAUGUGGAUCGGCCAGGGGCCAUUCACUGGUAUAAGGGGGAGGUGCGGGUUCAGCACAGCCCUCGCAUCCAGAUCCAGCCGGGCGUCAUGGAGAUAACCGACGUGACUUACGAAGAUUCGGGAGUGUACGUCUGCGUGCUACGUGGCACCAGGGAGGCUCUUCGCAACUUUACCAUAACAGUAGCAGAUGCUCUAGGAUCAGGCGAUGAUGAUGAGGACAAUGGUUUAGAGGAUGCUAUGGCAGAAACCGAGAAUGACCAGGUUUACUUCUCCAGAGGGCCUUACUGGACCCAUACCCAGCGAAUGGAGAAAAAGCUAUAUGCUGUUCCAGCCGGAAACACGGUAAAGUUCCGUUGUCCCGCGACAGGAAGCCCCCUUCCCACAAUCCGUUGGCUGAAAAAUGGUCGGGAAUUCCGGGGGGAACAUCGUAUUGGAGGCAUUAAGCUGCGACACCAACACUGGAGCCUAGUGAUGGAGAGCGUGGUACCCUCCGACCGUGGGAACUACACAUGCGUGGUGGAAAACAAAUACGGCUCUAUCGCACACAGUUACCUCCUGGACGUGCUGGAGCGAUCCCCACACAGACCCAUCUUGCAGGCAGGCCUGCCUUCCAACACCACUGCUGUUGUGGGUGGAGAUGCACAGUUUCUCUGUAAAGUUUACAGCGAUGCCCAACCCCACAUCCAAUGGCUGAAGCACAUUGAAAUGAACGGCAGCCGUUACGGACCCGAUGGAUUCCCUUACGUCAAGAUUGUUAAGACGGGCAGCUUAAACAUGUCCGAAGUGGAGGUCCUGUAUCUGACCAAUGUCACAAUGGAGGACGCAGGGGAGUACACCUGCCUUGCUGGAAACUCCAUUGGAUUCUCUCAUCAGUCCGCUUGGCUCACUGUCCUUACAGAGGAAGAAGUGGCCAAGGAGAUGGACCUGAUGGAGACCAAGUACACUGACAUCAUCAUCUAUGCCUCUGGCUUCCUCGCAUUGGUGAUGGCCAUUGUGAUCGUGGUCCUUUGCCGAAUGCAAGUCCACCCCAGCAGGGAACCUUUCGACACUCUGCCCGUGCAGAAACUUUCCAAAUUUCCUCUCCGCAGACAGUAUUCGGUGGAGUCCAAUUCCUCUGGGAAGUCCAGUGCCUCACUUAUGAGGGUGGCUCGUCUCUCCUCCAGCUGCUCUCCAAUGCUAGCUGGAGUCAUGGAGUUUGAACUUCCUUACGAUCCGGACUGGGAAUUUCCGAGGGAGAAUUUGACUUUAGGAAAACCGCUCGGUGAAGGCUGCUUUGGUCAAGUGGUGAGAGCAGAUGCGUACGGCAUCAACAAGGACAACCCAGACCAGGUCUGCACUGUGGCCGUCAAGAUGCUGAAGGAUGAUGCCACUGAUAAGGACCUGGCUGACCUCAUCUCAGAGAUGGAGCUGAUGAAGGUGAUGGACAAGCACAAAAACAUCAUAAACCUUCUGGGCGUUUGCACACAAGACGGCCCCCUUUACGUACUAGUGGAGUAUGCCUCAAAGGGCAGCCUGCGCGAGUACUUGCGAGCGCGCCGGCCUCCGGGAAUGGACUACACUUUCGACGUCACCAAAGUCCCAGAGGAGCAGCUUACGUUCAAGGACCUGCUUUCUUGCGCGUACCAAGUAGCCCGAGGCAUGGAGUACCUAGCCUCCAAAAGAUGCAUCCACAGAGACCUAGCAGCACGGAAUGUUCUAGUGACAGAAGACAACGUCAUGAAAAUUGCUGAUUUUGGUUUGGCCAGAGGGGUACAUCAGAUUGACUACUACAAGAAAACAACUAAUGGACGCCUGCCAGUGAAGUGGAUGGCACCAGAAGCUUUGUUUGACAGAGUCUACACACAUCAGAGCGACGUUUGGUCUUUUGGAGUCUUGAUGUGGGAGAUCUUUACGCUGGGUGGUUCGCCGUACCCCGGGAUUCCCGUGGAGGAGCUCUUUAAGCUGUUGAAAGAGGGUCAUCGCAUGGACAAACCCUCCAACUGCACUCACGAACUGUACAUGAUGAUGAGAGAGUGCUGGCACGCAGUACCAACUCAAAGGCCGACCUUCAAACAACUGGUGGAGGAACUUGAUAGGUUGCUGCUGUCCAUUUCAGAUGAGUACUUGGACCUCUCCACACCUUUCGAACAGUACUCCCCGUCGUGUGAGGACACGUCUAGCUCCUGCUCGUCGGACAACGAUUCUGUGUUUACCCACGAUGCUUUGUCCACUGACCCCUGUCUCCUUGGUUACCACGACGUACGUUCCAGGAUAGACAUGAAGACAAAUCUGCGAUAGAGUGGACGGGAUAUUGUUCGCGGACAGGAUACAGCUUUGCUUUGAAUACAUGCUCGUGAAAAAAGCGGUACGGGAGACAUGGCCUCUGAAGCUUUGCCUAAGAACAUUAUCGCGAUGCUUGGCACUACGAAACCUGACGAUACAAAAUAGCUGCCACAAACAGUCGGGUUUCUAUCACGGUAUCAGACCUGGGUUUGGUCGUAAAGCAAUUUAGUUACAGUUUCCAUCGGAAAAAAACAAAUGGACAUUGCCUUAUAUGUACAAACUCACAAGUGUCUGAUCAGCCUCGAAACUGGAGUGUUUAA